UGCCGUAGUCCCGGAAGUAAUGUUUCACAACGAACCGGCGUGCCGUACCGUGACUUUCACGGGUUGACUGACAUCCAGUGGGGGUUGUGUAAACGGAGCUAAACCCGUCCUGUCUACCACCAAAAUGCGACUUCUAAAAGCAGGACUAAUCUUAGGUCAGACACAUUUAAGGAAACCGGGAACACUAACAUUAAAAAAGGUGUUGAUGAACAGUUGUCGGUCGUGCUCCUCUGUUAUCGUCCCCAAUGAAAGAAUCCGCAACAUCGGAAUCUCGGCGCACAUCGACUCGGGGAAGACCACACUCACGGAGCGCGUCCUCUUCUACACGGGCAGGAUAGCAGAGAUCCAUGAGGUAAAGGGAAAGGACGGAGUCGGGGCCACCAUGGACUCGAUGGAGCUGGAGAGGCAGAGAGGCAUCACCAUCCAGUCAGCUGCCACAUACACAGUCUAUAAGGAUUACAACAUCAACAUCAUCGACACCCCAGGCCAUGUGGACUUCACCAUCGAGGUGGAGCGAGCCCUGCGUGUUUUGGACGGGGCGAUCCUGGUCCUAUGUGCAGUUGGAGGGGUCCAGUGCCAGACCCUGACCGUGAACAGACAGAUGAAACGCUACAACGUUCCCUUCCUCACCUUCAUCAACAAGCUGGACCGCAUGGGAGCCAACCCCAGCCGCGCCCUGCAGGCCAUGAGGACCAAGUUGAGCCAGAACGCAGCCUUUGUGAACAUCCCCAUCGGUCUGGAGGGGAACAUGAAGGGCAUCAUAGAUCUCAUAGAGGAGCGCAGCAUGUACUUCGAGGGCCCAUUCGGACAGAAUAUUCGGUUAGAUGAGAUCCCGGCGGAGUUCCGUGUGGAGGCUGCAGACAGGAGACAGGAGCUGGUUGAGUGUGUGGCUAACGCUGACGAGACCCUGGGCGAGAUGUUCCUGGAGGAGAGGAUCCCCACCGUGCCAGAACUCAAGACAGCCAUACGCAGGGCCACAGUGCAGCGGCUCUUCAGCCCCGUGCUGGUGGGUACUGCCCUGAAGAACAAGGGGGUCCAGCCUCUAUUGAACGCAGUGCUGGAUUAUCUGCCCAACCCCACAGAGGUCAACAACUACGCCCUCUUCAACGAUGAGGAGUCCAGUGACAGUACUAAGAUCCUGAUGGAUCCCACCAGAGACGCCUCGCAGCCCUUCGUUGGCCUGGCCUUCAAACUGGAGGCGGGUCGGUUUGGUCAGCUGACGUACGUGCGUGUGUACCAGGGCUGUCUGAAGAAGACUGAGUAUAUCAUCAAUACACGCACUGGCAAGAAGGUCCGUGUGCAGAGGCUAGUGCGUCUCCAUGCUGACCAGAUGGAGGAUGUGGAGGAGGUGUAUGCAGGGGACAUCUGUGCCCUUUUUGGGAUCGAUUGUGCCAGCGGAGACACCUUCACCUCCCGGACCAGCGCCAACCUCUCCAUGGAGUCCAUCCACAUUCCAGAGGCUGUCAUCUCCAUGUCUAUGAAGCCGUCCAACAAGAAUGACAUGGAUAAGUUCUCUAAAGGCAUCAACCGCUUCACCAGAGAAGACCCCACGUUCAGGGUCCACUUUGACACAGAAAGCAAGGAGACUAUCAUCUCUGGCAUGGGAGAGCUGCACCUGGAGAUCUACUCACAGAGGAUGGAGAGGGAGUAUAACUGCCCCUGUGCGAUGGGAAAACCAAAGGUAUCCUUCAGGGAGAGCGUGACCAGUGCGGUACCGUUUGACUUCACCCAUAAGAAGCAGUCUGGUGGUUCUGGGCAGUACGGUAAAGUGAUAGGAGUUCUGGAACCUCUGGACCAAGAGAACUACACAAAAGUGGAGUUUGAAGACCAGACUGUCGGAACUAACAUCCCCAAACAGUUUGUGCCGGCUGUUGAGAAGGGAUUCAGAGAGGCCUGUGAGAAAGGCCCUCUGACUGGUCACAAGAUCUCAGGUAUCAAGUUCCUAUUGGAAGACGGAGCGCAUCACAUGGUGGACUCGAAUGAGAUCUCCUUCAUCCGUGCAGGGGAGGGUGCUCUUAAACAAGCCAUGGAGAAGGCCAACGUUGCCGUGCUGGAGCCAAUCAUGUCAGUAGAAAUUGUGGCGCCCGAUGAGUUCCAAGGGACUGUCAUCGCCGGGGUCAACCGUCGCCAUGGCGUCAUCAGUGGGCAGGAUGGGGCGGAGGGCUACUUUACUUUGUAUGCUGAUAUUCCACUGAAUGACAUGUUUGGUUACGCCACAGAGCUCCGGUCCUGUACAGAGGGGAAAGGAGAGUACACCAUGGAGUACAGCAGAUACCAGCCCUGUCUGCCUGGCACUCAGGAGGAGCUCAUCAACAAAUACCUGGAGUCAACAGGACAGCUGCCUGCCAAGAAGGGGAAGUGGAAGAACUGAGCGUGGACCACCCCCACACACACAAUCACUGAAUUGUAAACACAUUGCAGUACUGCAAUGGAAUGCUCGACAAACACAAACAGCGCUCAACCUGCUGUAAACAUACUGGGCCCUGCCUUACCAAGGUGGGUGUAUUAUAUCGUAUGUGCAUUCAAAAUGCUACAAAUGGUCAGACAGAUGACCAAGUGAUUUCCUUGAUUCACCCUCGUUUUCCGUCAUACUCUCGUCCUAAAGUAUCUAUUUUCAUUUGGCCUCGGCUCUCCAGCAAACAGCCUUGUCCCCACAGCCUAGCAGUUAUUAUGAAGACUUGAGGCGAGCUCAAAGUUUGGACUUCAACUUGGGCAUGUAUAUUAACUGGUUUUGUACUAUGUACAGCAUGUUGUUAUAAUGAAGAUGAUUAAAUAAGAUUUAUCUAA